ACGAGUGGCUUUCCUGCGUGCCCCUAGAGAAACCAAACGCCUCUUUUCCUUCUCGACCCUUUCCUAUCGGUCUUCUGGCGAAUCGAACGAAGCUUUCUUCCCUUACUCCCUCUCAUCCACCUCCGGCCCGUCGUUCCCCCGCCGACCACCGUCCCUACCGCCGUCUGCGCCAUCACCGUCCGGCCGGAUCGCCGGUCCGAACCCUGCAUCGCUCGGAUUACAUAGCGGCAGGCAAACGAGAAGGAGGCGGCGUUGGAGUUUGAGGGAAAAGAAAAAAAGAAGAAGAAACAGAUCGUUGCCGAGUCCAUCUGGGCGAGAGAAACAAAAAAUGCUGAAAUCAAUGCUUGCUUGCUGCAAGCUCUAUAUAUCUGAAAGCCGUAACUCUCUUGCACUGGAAUCGAUUGAGCUAGCUGCAAAAUUAUACCCGGAAGCUGUUGUCAUCAACAAAUUCAAGGAUGAGGCCUACAACAGAGUUGGCUAUACACUUGUCUCAUGCUUUGAUACCACCUCAUCGCCUGAUGUUGCCCCCUUGAAGAAUGCAGUGCUCAGCAUGGUUAAAGCAGCUUUUGAAACCAUUAAUCUUGAGUUACACUCUGGAACUCAUCCUCGGCUUGGAGUUGUCGACCACAUCUGCUUCCACCCUCUAGUUCACGGUUCGCUGGACAAGGCUGCAGGGAUCGCAAAGUCUGUGGCAGCUGAUAUUGGCCGAAAGCUCCAAGUCCCCACCUUUCUCUAUGGAGCAGCUCAUGAGGGAGGUAGGACUCUUGAUUCUAUAAGAAGAGAGCUAGGCUAUUUCAAACCAAAUUCAGCCGGCAAUCUAUGGGCAGGAGGGCUUAGAUCAGAGGUCUUGUGUCUGAAGCCUGAUGCAGGCCCCCUCCAAUCAGCGCCAGCCAAAGGUGUUGUGGCCAUUGGGGCAACCAGGUGGGUGGAUAACUACAAUGUACCCAUCCAUUCUACUGACAUCAAAGCUGCUCAAAGGAUUGCAAGGAGGCUGAGCGAGCGAGGCGGUGGGCUUAAAUCGGUGCAGGCUAUGGGGCUAGCCCAUGGUGAGGCAAUGACAGAGGUGGCAUGUAAUUUGCUGGAUCCAAGUAAAGUUGGAGCUGAUCAGGUACAGAUCGAAGUCCAGCGGCUCGCUUCAGAGGAGGGAUUGACUGCAGGCCAAGGUUAUUUUACCGAUUUUUCGCAAGAAAAGAUUGUUGAAACGUACAUGAGAUCCAUUGCAUCUGAUUAAAAUUGCUUAUUAGCAAACAAGUUGAUUGUGGUCAUCAUCUUAUAGUUCUAGAAUAAUUUGUUUUGACUA